AUGAUGCACCGAAAGCAUGACAACCUAUGUUCUGUUGGAAAAAUCACAGAAGCGAGAGUAGCUGAGCUGAAGGGAAAGUACACCCUGCUGCAUAACACUGUGACAAGUUUACAGGAAUCUGUGACCCAGCUGUUGCAGGAAGCCAAACGUCUUAGUGUAGAACUGGAACAACAACAACAUAAACUGGAAAAAGCAGAACAGUUUCCAGAAGAAUGCUCCAGAGAAAUUUCCCAACUAAGGCAGCAGCUUCUUAGUUGCCAAAAUGAAUAUGAUGCUAUUAAAGAUAGAAAGCAUGAACUUCAGUUCAAGAUGGAAUGUUUGCAAGAAGAAAAAAGGCUUCUUGAAAAUGAAUGUAGAAGAAUUCCAAAACAAGGGGAACUUGUUCAGAAUAGUAAGCAGCUGAAAGAAAAUUAUGAUGAGCUCUGCAAAGAAGUAAUCCAAAGGAAAGCAGAAAUUAAUGCAAUAAAAGAAGAUGUUUCAUCCAAGGAAAAGCUGAUAUUAAUAGAUAAGGAAGAAACGGAAAAACUUCUGGAGAAGCAGGCUAAUUUAAAAGAUGAGCUAGUUAAGAUCCUUCCUGUUCCAGUACAUCUUGGAAGACAAAAUGAGAAAAUUACUAAGGAAAAAAAUGAUGCAGAGAAGAAGAAAGAAGCCCUUAAUAAAAAGAUAGAAGAGUUGACUGGUACCCUGAAAGCCAUUGAGGAAAGGAAGAAAGAGAUUUUGCAAGAAAGAGAAGAUGUAACGAAGGAAUUGCAUGGGAAACAAAUUUUGCUAGAAAGCAAAAAGGAAGAAUGCAUUCAUUUGACAAAAUUACUGGAAAUUAGCAGAGGGAAGGAAUUAGCAGUCCUAUCAGACAGGGCAGAUCUGGAAGAUGAUUUAAAGAAAUGUGCCUUGGAGAAAAAAAACCAACUGGAUAUUCUCAUUCACAUGCAAACACAGAAAGACAGAGAAGCAAGAAGCUUAAAGAAGAUAGAAUUUCAACUGAAUACGAUGUCUGAUUUCAUAAAACAAGAUAAGUCACAGCAUGAAAGACUCACAUUAGAGGUGGAAACUAUGGCCAAAAAGAACAGAGAGUUGUUAGAAAGACGACGAGAACUGCAGAAGGAAAUUGAAAUAACCAAGAGAAAACUAGUUGCACAGGAAAGGGUGUCAGAGAAGGAUGCUCACAUGUUAGAAGAUUGUAUUGCUGAAGAAAGGCAGCUUUUCAAAGAGCUGGAACAAUGUAGAGCUGAGUUAACCAGACUUUCACACCUGAAUUUGCUCAGAAUUGAAGAGAGGGAACAGAAAUUAAGGGAUGUUCAGAAAGCCCAGAUACAACUCCAAAAUGCUAUUAGCGAAAUAAAAAGAAAGGACCUUCAAAUAAAAGACUAUACAAAGAGGAAAAGACUCCAAAGACUUGCUAAAACAGCUGAUGUUAUCCUAGAGGAAAGGAAUACAUGUUUAAAUUUGGUGCAUGCUGCUCAGCAGAAAGCGAGUGAAAUUAAAGACCAUGUAAAAUUGCUAGGAAAUGAAAUAGGAAAUUUAAGGAAUAUUGUUACAACAAAGGAAAGAGAACUGCAGAAGCAACACCUGAAGAAUACAAAUAAUGCAGCAAUUACAGAAAGCCUCAGAAGUGAUUAUUUAAGAAUUGUUAAAAUCAUGCAGGAGAUGGAAGAAAAGAAAAAUCAACACUUCAUGGCUCUUGAGAGGCUUAGCUGUAGGGCCACCCAGAUUGAGGAGGGAACAGCACAGCUAUGUGAAAAAUAUGAAAGGGCUAUUCAGCAAAAAAAUGAGAGUGGACUACAGCUCAGAGAGCGAGAAGAAGAACUAUGCAUUUUAUAUGAAAAAAUGAACAUUCACGAGGUGUUGUGCAGAGAUGGAGGUGUUAAAAUGCAAGUUCUGGAUGAAAAGAUCAAAUUUCUGAAGUUACAGGUAGCAGAGGAAGAGAGGCAAAUUAAGUUGUGGUCCAAAGCACUCCCAGUGAAGAAUGCCCUGGAUUCGCUUCUGGUGGUUCUUCAGAUACAGUAUUCUCAGUGCAAGGACAGGAUUAAACACAUGGAGGGAAUCUCUGAUGACCCCACAAAAGAGAGUAGAAUACAAGAGUUGGGAGGGAAGGACACACCUCCACCUGAGCUGCUAAAAAAGGCUGAGCAGCUAGAGGUAGAGCUGUUGCAGAAGGAGGAGAAGUUGAUAGAGACAGAUCUCCUCUACAAGCACGUUUCCCAGCUGACAGAGACACUCCAAGCCACGGCAGAGACUGGGAGGCAGGACACCCUGCUGUCAGCUAAAAGGAUAAAUGAAGUGCAGAAGAAGAUAAAGGAGAUAAACCAGAAGAUAACAGCUCUUGUUGCAGAGUUAUCCAUGAAGAAAGCGCUUGCCAUUCAACUCCAGCAGGAAAUAAGAGACAAAGAGCAAUUUUUGAUGACUGUUUCAUCAAGGGUAGAUCAAGGCCUACCUCCCCCCAAAGAAAUAGAAAAUGAAUGGUUGAAGAUAUUACGCAACGAAAAGAUGCGAAAAGAAGCAGCUAAAGCCAGAGCUAAACAUAUUGCAGAAGAGAGGCAAGCUGCACACCUGGGCUGUGUCCGCACGACAGCUGAGCAGCGCCCAACCGCCUACAUCCCAGAGGAUGGAUCCAGCCUCCCCUUGCCACAGCCCUAUGGAGCUCUGGCUCCUUUCAAACCAAGUGAACGCAGUUCAAAUUUGAGACAUUUCAGAAAACCCAUUGUAAAGCCAAUUAAAAUCUGA